AUGCAUUUGGACAUAUCUGAAUACUUCCUGCUUCUACUUGUGUGUUUAGUCCGUCUAAGUUUUCAACUUGAAUGCCUUCAAUGUACAAGUCCUAUUCGACGGGUUUCACGUGAUUGGGAUCACUCAUGUUUAGAUGGAACUCUCACACCAGUCAACUGUUCACAACCACUCAAUAAAACUGAACCACCUUUCAUGCAAUGCGUAUCGGCCGUUCAUCGAUUGGGUAAUCGGCAAGGAUCAGGUUUACUCAUUUAUCGUGGCUGUGUAAAAAUAAGUGAAUCUUUUCAAGAAUGUGAUCCGCCUAUACCAAUUGAUAUUGAUAAAACAAUAAGUUUUUACUGCAGUCUGACAUGCUACGGUGAUGGAUGCAAUCGGCAUUCUGUCAAAAAUGUUAUAUCAUCUAUGAGUACACUAUUCGACAAUCCGCAGCAUUUAUUGAAUAUUGUAUGCAUUGUAAUUCUACGGAGUUUUGCGGGAAAAAAUUACUAG